GAUACCCGCGCAGGCGCGCCGCCAUCUCUAGCCUAGACCGCGGCUGGCCACCUCGCUCCAGACAGACUCCGUGGCUCGGUGGAACGGAGGCAGCAGGUCUUCCUUUGAGGAUAUUGCCCUUCCCUUGGAGGUUAACACAAAGGAAGAGGGAAUGUCUUCUGGGAUCCUGACUGUCAGCUCACAGGUGUCAGUGACAUUCAAGGAUGUGGCUGUGGACUUUACCCAGGAGGAGUGGGGGCACCUGGACCCCACCCAGAGGGCCCUGUACAGGGACGUGAUGCUGGAGAACUACCGAAACCUGGUCUCAUUGGGUUGCCAAGUUUUCAAACCAGAUGUGAUCUCCCAGUUGGAGCAAGGGAAAGAACCCUGGAUGGUGGAGGCAGAAAUCCUAAGAGGCAGCUGCCCAGACUUCAAGAUUAGGCCUGAAGCCAAGGUGUCAACUCUGCAGCCAAACCUUUCUGAAGAAGACUCUUCCCAAACUGUAGUUGAAACAGUCCCAAAGGCCAAGUUAGGGGAAGCCGAGGAAUGUGGUGGUCAGUUAGAAAGGAGACCUCAAGUAAAAUACUUAGGUCAGAUGAUUAUUACCCACAAGAAAGAUCCUCAUUGUAAAGAGUAUGGAAUAAAAUUUUGUCUGACUCCAGUCCCUGUUACGGAACCGACUAUUCCUGAAGAAUCCCAUAAUAGAGAUAGAAGUGGAAAGAGCUCCAAGCCUUCUUCAGAACGGGUCAAAAGUAAAAAAAGUUCUUCAAGUAAGAAACUGUAUGAGUGUAAUGAAUGUGAGAAAACUUUUGUCCAAUAUGCACAAUAUACUCAACAUCAGAGAAUUCAUUCUGGAGAGAAACCAUAUAAAUGUGAUGAAUGUGGGAAAGCCUUCAGCCAGAGUGCAUGCCUUACCCGACAUCAGAGAAUUCAUACUGGAGAGAAACCAUAUGAAUGUAAAGUAUGCAAAAAAUCUUUCAGUCGGGUUUCCUCCCUUACUCAGCAUCAUAGAGUUCAUACUGGUGAAAGACCCUACGAAUGUAACGAAUGUGGAAAAGCUUUCAGUGACAGCUCAUCACUUACUAAACAUCAAAGAAUUCAUACUGGAGAAAAACCUUAUAAGUGUAAUGAAUGUGAGAAAGUCUUUAGCCGGCGUUCAAAACUUAUUCAACAUCAUAGAGUUCACACUGGAGAGAAACCUUAUGAGUGCCAUGAAUGUGGAAAAGCCUUCAGGUGGAGUAACUACUUUAAUGAACAUCAGAGAAUUCAUAGUGGAGAAAAACCAUAUGAAUGUCCUGAAUGUGGAAAAUCCUUCAGACAAAGUAGAGAUCUUGGUCAACAUCAGAGAAUUCAUACUGGAGAGAAGCCAUAUGAAUGCAACGAAUGUGGGAAAACUUUCAGAUGGGGUACACACCUUACUGAACAUCAAAGAAUUCAUACUGGAGAGAGACCUUAUGAAUGCAGCGCAUGUGGGAAAACCUUCAGGCAAAGUGGACAGCUUACUAAACAUCAGAGAAUUCAUACUGGAGAAAAACCUUAUGAAUGUAAUGAAUGUGGGAAAACUUUCAACCAGAGCAUAUGCCUUACUCGACAUCAGAUAGUUCAUACUGGACAAAAACCCUACAGAUGUAAAGAAUGUGGAAGAUCCUUCAGUCGUAUUUCCUCCCUUACUCAACAUCAAAAAAUUCACAGUGGAGAGAAAGCUUAUGAGUGUGAUGAAUGUGGGAAGGUCUUUGGUGACACAUCUUCACUUACUAAACAUCAGAAAAUUCAUACAGCCAACACAUCUCUUUAAAUGAACUAAUUCUGUUGGACCAAUUAAUGGAGAAGUUGAUGGCAUCCAUCUGGUAUGAGCCGACCUUGGUGAAAUUGGCAACCACCACCCCAAGAUCAUCCUUCAGUGCCUGCACAUCAAAGGCCAUCUCUUGACCUGGAUUGACUUUGCCUUCUUACCUUUCGUAUUGGCCUCUCAUUCCUACCAUUUCAUCACACUUAACUGGGAGUGAUCCAUGCAGUUCAGUCGAGGAGAAGUGCCUGAUCUUGGUUGACACCAGAAGAGAGAGAGAGAGAGAGAGAGAGAGUGUGUGUGUGUGUGUGUGUGUGUGUUGGGGAGGAGGGGUUGGCAAGGGUCAUCAGCAAAACUGCUUGGGCUCUUCCAGAGCCUCCCACAAGUUUAAAUCAAGACUGUUCUACAAAUUUCUAUGUAGAACUAACCUUCCAAACUCUGGGAUCUAGAUAGUGGUGAUAGUGUGCUUUAAUAGGUUCCAAUCGCAAUAUAUAUAGAUUUUGAAGAAACAAAACUAAAAUACAUAUUGGCUACUUAAGUGGAAUUUUGUUUCAAAAUCUAGUGUGCAAAUAUCUGUAUGUGGGGAGUUUGGUGGGAGUAAGGAACCCAGAAAUCCUUUAAACACAUCUGUGUAUUAAAAAAAAGUAUUCAAAAGUGAAUUAUAACUUUCCCCAAAUCCCAGUAUUGAGAAGCCUGACCUGAAGAUCAGAAGUUCCAAGAUGUCAUGUUGCAUGGCCCUAAUUGACAGGUACUUCCCACUAAGGCAGAAAAAGGAGAGCAAAAAAGGGUGGGGGAUGGGAACAAGGAUGUAUGCUUGACCAACCCCUCUUUCCCAAAUAUAUUAGCAGUCACAUUCUUUAUACCCAGUCUCAUUCCAAAAUAUCUAUGCUUCUCUAUUAGCACGGCUGCUGGGGAUCAAGAGAUGCAUGGGCUGGCUGCUGAAAGUACAGCUCAUGGACCAAAGGCCACCUGGUAUGCAGAUCCUGCUAACUAUCCUUACCUACGUGUUCCCAGGUUUCUAAUAUAGCCACCCCAGGAUCCCCAAAGAGGCUCUUUCAUUUUUCUUGGGUGGAUCUCUUUGCUAUCUAGGUAUGUCCCAACUUCCAUCGACAUCAUGCCUUGUCACAAACUUUGCAUCAGGCAGGAGCCUCCACGAUGGCAAAGCUGUGGCCGCAGCCGUGUCAUCCAGUGACGUACAUGCUCCUGCCGCUGCACUCUUCACAAUUCCUCUCAUUUCUUCAGCCAGUUCCUAGCUUAGGUAAAUAUCUUUCUUACAUUCUAGCCUCUCAGAUGCCUAAAUGAUCAGGAAAAAAUUGGCCAUAGAAUUUCUUACUUAGUAGUUUGUAUCAUGAUCAGUGAUUGCAUUUAUGGUGAAAAAGACCCCUUUGCUCUUUGAGAGAUUUCUCUCCAGCCAGGCAGCAAUGCCCUGGGCCUUUAAACAAGGGCAGGACUCAAUCUUGGAUCAUUCCAACUCACCAGGCAGUAGCAGGACUUCUUUUGGGAGGAGGGACAACCAGAACAUCCCCCUGCCCAUGCGCUCCAUGGGUGUGGUUAAGGAUAAGUUCAUGAAGCAGUUACCUCCUUCUUCUCUCUGAUUGACUGGAUUGGGAGCAGGUCUAGGACCUGGACUGAUAGCCCGAGGUUCCCUAAUCUCAGUAAGACCACCAUGCCUAAUGUGGAGAAGCCUCGAAAGCUAGAUAGGGGUCACUCCCACUGGUCCCCUUUAGAAUAGACAAGGCGACUAAACCUCGGCUUGGAUUGCUAACAAGCAGGUAACUACCAUGUAGGCAACUAGUGGGUAGGAGAAAUUGCAGUUGGGGUCAUUGUGCCCCUUCCUUCCCUGAAAGGUUGGGCUCAUGGGGUCUGUUUCCUGCUGUGGUAGCUCAAGCUUCUUGAUUGUCAUGUUAGUAUGACGGAAACUCAAGGGAUCAUGGGGUCAUAGAUUUGGUGGGGGAGACUUCAUCUUGUCCACUCCCUUCAUUUUACAGACCUAUGUAAAGUGUCCCAGAGAAGCUAAGUGGCUUGUCCACUAUUGUUCUGAUAGCAGUAGCAUAGCCAGAACUUAAAUCCAGGCCUUCAGACUCCAAACCCAGCGCUGUUUCCGCCAUGUUGCUCGAGUGUCCAAGAUAUCUGUGCUCCCUUGCUCGAACCCUUACUAUCCUAGAGGUGAA